UCGGACCGAGCCCUGGCCCGCCCGGCAGCUGGAGGGUCGCUGCUCUGUUGGGGCUGCAGCUCGGAGCAGAGCCGCGACGCCUCGCAGCCAUGUCGGGCCGCUCGGUGCCCCACGCCCACCCGGCCACCACAGAGUACGAAUUUGCCAACCCCAGCCGCCUGGGCGAGCAGCGCUUCGGAGAAGGCCUCCUGCCCGAAGAGAUCCUGACCCCCACCCUCUACCAUGGCUACUAUGUCCGGCCCCGCGCCGCCCGCGCCGCCGAGGGUAGCAGGGCAGGGGCGUCUGAGCUUCGGCUCAGCGACGGCAAGUUCCAGGCGUUUCUGGACGUGAGCCACUUUACGCCCGACGAGGUGACCGUAAGGACUGUGGACAACCUGCUGGAGGUGUCUGCCCGGCACCCCCAGCGCCUGGACCGCCACGGCUUCGUGUCCCGGGAGUUCUGCCGCACCUACGUCUUGCCCGCCGAUGUGGACCCCUGGCGGGUCCGGGCGGCUCUCUCCCACGAUGGCAUCCUUAACCUGGAGGCACCUCGGGGUGGCCGACAUUUGGACACGGAGGUCAAUGAGGUCUAUAUCUCCCUGCUCCCUGCACCUCCCGAUCCAGACGAAGAGGAGGAGGCAACCAGGGUUGAGCCCUGAGUGUCACUGAGCCAGCACCCAGCGAACCCCUUUCUACCCCCCGCGGUGGUAUGAGCAGCUGCCCACCGCCCCAGAGGUAGCCGCAUCCUUGGGGGGAGGGGGAGAGUGCAUGGCCCACAAUGUAUGGUUUGGUCCCUUGAGACAUGUCAUAGCCUUUGGUUUAGUUCUGGGUGGAGCUGAAUAAACCCAAAUCUCAGGG